AUGAACAAUCGCAGCCAAAAAAAUGCUAAAUAUGACAGCGUGGAUAUACACAAACAACCUGCUUUCGAUCAUAUCCUAUUAAAGAAUCACAAGAUCCAGAUUGGUCCAAAUUCCUUGCCAAAACCGAAGAAUACGAACUUAAAAUUCAACAAUUAUCCACACUUGGAAUCCACCGAUGAAGGUUGUCCCAAAGGAAAGGUGCCUAUCCAAAGACUGAAAGUUGAUAACCUAACAGAUGUUAUUCAUCCACUUACAGAGACAGCACCCGGUAAACAUUUUGCAGUGGCUAAGUCAAAUGUGUUUAAGAAAAUUUAUGGCGCAAGUGCAACUAUAGGCUUAAAUACUCCACAUGCGAAAAUGAAUCAAAUCAGUGCAGCUACUAUCUGGAUUGAAGGUAAAUCAGUGCAGCUACUAUCUGGAUUGAAGGUGGAGAAGGACAAAUCAACGGGACAUUGGUGGGUGACCUUAGAGAACAACAUACACUUGGGAUAUUGGCCUGAGAAGCUUUUCACUGUGUUUGGUUGUGGAGCAAACAGUGUACAAUUUGAUGGGUGGACUUACGGAUAUCCAGAUGGGAUGAGUCCACCAAUGGGGACAGGCUAUUUUCCAACAACAAAUAAUCUCAAACAAUCAAGCUUUUUUUUAAACCUAAAAUAUGUUGAUGAUUUGGGGGUUUUGCAGGAUGCGCAUAGACUGCGCCAAGUUGCUGAUAUUAGUAACUGUUAUGAUGCCAUAUAUUUGGGUCACAAAAAUAGAGUAAAUGAACAAAUCUUAACCUUUGGAGGACCUGGAGGACAAUGUGACCUCUGA